AUGGCGACCUUCGGGGAGGCACCCCCAGGAGACGAGGCGCGGGGGGCGAAGAUCUUCAAGACGAAGUGCGCCCAAUGUCACGUGGCGGAGAAGGGGGGCGGCCAUAAACAGGGGCCCAACCUUGGUGGGCUGCUGGGCAGGCAGUCUGGCACCACCGCCGGCUUCUCGUACUCCAAGGCCAACAAGGAAAAGGCUGUGGUGUGGGGCGAGGACACCCUGUACGAGUACCUGCUGAACCCCAAGAAGUACAUCCCAGGUACCAAGAUGGUGUUCGCGGGUCUCAAGAAGCCCCAAGACCGCACCGACCUAAUCGCCUUCCUGAAGAAGUCCACAGCCUGA